AUGGGUCGUCGUAAUAUCCGCGUAUCCAUCGUCAAACCCGACCUCAACUCCUUAUCCACGUCAAGUCCGCGGCGGUCCGCCGCCGGCGACAAUCCGACGGCGGAGCCGGUCCUGGCGUCGCCGUUUGGCGAGAUCGCCGGCCUCGACCGGGACGAUUUCCGGGAGGUCGCAUACGAGGUUUUCUUCACGGCCUGCCGGUCGUCGCCGGGAUUCAGCGGAAGGACAGCCGCCGCGGCGAGCCACAGCGGUGGCUCCGACAGCGAUGGGCCGGGGUCGCCGGCUGCUAAAAUGCACGGCGUGGGGAUGGCGGUGAGGAGCCGAGUGAAGACGGCGCUGGGGCUAAAAAUGAUGAAGCGGUCUUUGUCAAUGUCGUCGUCAUCGUCGUCGUCGUUGUUGUUGAGACGGGUGAGCUCGUCGGGGAUGUUGAACCCGUCGUCGCCGACGGCGGCGGGGUCGAGCCCGAGAUUGGGGUCGACGGUGCCGGCGGCGGGGGUUCGGCUGAAGAGGCCGAUGACGUCGGCAGAGAUAAUGCGGCAGCAGAUGAGGGUGACGGAGCAGAGCGACAAUAGGCUACGGAAGACUCUCACCAGAACCCUCGUUGGCCAAAUGGGGAGACGUGCAGAGACAAUAAUCCUUCCACUGGAGCUCUUACGCCAUGUAAAACCAUCGGAGUUCACAGACCCUCAAGACUACCACCAAUGGCAGCGCCGCCAGCUCCGCCUCCUCCACGCCGGCCUUCUACUCCACCCCUCAAUUCCCCUCCCCAAGUCCAACCCCCACGCGGCCAAGCUCCGUGAAAUCCUCCGCUCCUCCGAGGCCAAGCCCAUCGACCGAGCCCCGCACUCCCGGACCCUCAAGGCCCUCUGCGACUGCGUCGCCGCCCUCGCCUGCCGCGGCCCCGACGACGCCGCCGACGCCUGCCGCUGGGCCGACGGCUACCCCCUCAACGUGCACAUCUACAUGGCGCUCCUCCGCGCCGUGUUCGACGCCAAGGACGAGACCUCGGUCCUCGACGAGGUCGACGAGCUGCUCGAGCUCAUGAAGAAGACGUGGUCGACGUUGGGGUUCACACGUGCCAUGCACAACUUGUGCUUUGCUUGGGUGCUUUUCGAGCAGUUUGUCGCGACCGGACAGGGCGAGCCGGACCUCCUUGGCGCGGCCUUUGUGAUGCUCAAGGAAGUGGAGAAUGACGCGAAGAAUAAGGCGGAUCGGGAGCCGGUUUAUAUGAAGAUGUUGGGCGGCGUUCUGGCGGUGAUGAGGCGGUGGUCGGAGAGCCGGUUGCUCGACUACCACUCGAAUUUUAAUCGGGAUACCAUCGGGAUCAUGGAGAAUAUGCUUCCUUUGCUUUCGUGGUCUUCCAAGAUUUUGGAGGAGGAUGUUCCUCUUUAUGUUGUCUCGUCACCGGAGAACGGGGAAGAGAGCGACGAUGUUGCCGGAAAUCGGGUCGAUCAUUGCAUUAGAUCGUCGUUGAGGAAUGCGUUCGCGAAGAUCCUCGAGGAACAAAAUGGGAACCGGGCAAAGAACAAUGACACGAAAGUGACGAGCGAGAUACUAAUGAAAAUGGCGGCAAAGACCGAAGAACUCGCCGGCAAGGAGAGUGACAUUUUCAGCCAUGUCCUAAAGAAAUGGAGCCCGUCAGCAUUGAGCGUCGCAACCGUGACAUUACACACGUGCUACGGGAUCGUGUUGAAGCAAUUCCUCGCCGGCAAAACAUGGCAAAUGCAUGAAAUACUCUCGGUGCUGCAAAGGACCGACAUGCUCGAGAAGGCGUUGGUGGAAAUGGCCAUCGAGGAUUCGAAAGAGUGCGAUGACGGGGGCAAGGUGCUCGCAACGCAGAUGGUUCCUUACGAAGUCGAUUCGAUCGUAACAAGACUAUUGAAACAGUGGGUUCUAGAGAGGCAGCACAAGGGAAAGGAGCUUUUGCAUAGAGCAAAGCAAACAGAAACUUGGAAUCCGAGGUCGAAAACCGAGCCCUAUGCGCACUCCGCCGUGGAGCUCCUCUCCUUCGCCAAGGAAGCCGUUGACAACUUCUUUCAACUCGCGGUGAAUGUGUCCGAGAAUCAAUUCUACGACUUCAUCGACGGUUUGGAGAGCCUCUUCUUGGAUUACGUUGCCUUCAUUUCGUCUUGCGGAUCGAAGCAAAAUUAUCUCCCGACGGUGCCCGCGCCAACACGAUGCAGCCGUGACUCAAAGUUCUUCAAACUAUGGAAGAAAGCUGCGUGCGGCGCCGUUGAAGACCACCACCACCACAAACUCGAUUUAUCAUCAUCAAUGGACGCCGCCACCUCCACCGCCACCGCCGCCGCCGGAAACAACCACUACAUCCGCGCUCCGACGAGCCGCGGCACCCAACGCCUCUACAUCCGUCUCAACACCCUACACCACCUCUCCUCCCAACUCCACUCCCUCGACAAAUCCCUCUCCUCAUCGCCAAACGUUGCGCCGUUGUCGAAGACGGCCCUUUUAGGCCACCACCGGUCGCGGUCGCAGUCAACGUGUUCUUACUUCGAAAAAUCCCUCUCGGCCCUCCAAUCGGCCUCCCAACACGUCUCCGAAGUCGCGGCCUAUCGCCUCAUUUUCCUCGACUCCCACUCCGUCUUCUACGGCGGAUUGUACGUCCGAAGCGUAUCGCAUGCGCGCGUCGCCGCCGUGAUCGAUAGCCUUAAGCACAACCUAACACUUCUAUGCAUGAUCGUCGUCGAGCGCGCGCAACCCCUCGCGCUCAAAGAAGUGAUCAAAGCCGCCUUCGAGGCCUUUGUCCGAGUCCUCGUCACGGGCGGGAGCUCCCGGAUGUACUCGCAAAUGGAUCAUCCGAUGAUCGAGGAGGAUCUCGACACCCUAAAGCGACUCUUUUGCAUGUGCGGCGAAGGCCUCGUGGUCGAAGACACCGUCGAGAGGGAAGUCGAGGCGGCGCAAGGCGUUGUAGGGCUAAUGGGGCAGUCGACCGAGCAACUCAUCGAGGAUUUCAUUAGCGUUACGAAUGGAAGUUACGGGAUGAACGUCGUAAACCCGAGGCAUAAAAUUCCGGUACCACCGACCACCGGGAACUGGAACCGGUUCGACCCGAACACCAUUCUGAGGGUCCUCUGCAGCCGGAACGAUCGAAUCGCGAACGAUUUUCUCAAGAAAACGCUGCAUUUGGCGAAGAGGAGAGCUACGGGAUUCAAGAUGCUGUAA